UUCACAAAUAAUGUACAGUGGUUAGGAACGUGAAACACAGAUGAUUUCAAGUUUCUAGGCAUACUAGUGUACUUUUUUUUUAACUCUGCUACAGAUACUGUACAGCCGUUUGUCAUUUGCAUUUCAGAGUGGAGGGAGUCUGGAGGGAGUCUGGGAGAAAUAUUGGAAGAUUUGCCAAAGUGGGCUCUAACAAAGGGGAAGGAUCACACAUCUGGCAAUAGAGCUUUCCUGAUGAGGAAAAAUUUAUAUUGUAAAGAUGGAUGAGAAGUUUCUGUCAGUCACGAUGGACUAUACACACAGUAUUGACAAUGGUGCAAUCCGUAAGAGGAAGACGGGAAGGACGAGGUGGACGCUAUAGAAAAUUAUCAAUAGAUGAAGGCAGAGGCGCACAGGCACAACCUCCACUAUUGCAUCUACGAGAUAAUGUAGUGGACAUAUCAUCAGAUGAUUCAAUUCAAUCACCGAAUGUUGGCCUAGAUGAUACCAUAGAUGAUGGUAAUGCGGCCCAUAGGAAUGUUGAUAUUGAAGGUGAUAAUGUAGUGGACAUAUCAUCAGAUGAUUCAACUCAAUCACUAAAUGUUGGCCUAGAUGAUACCAUGGAUGAUGGUAAUGCGGCCCAUAGGAGUGUUGAUAUUGAAGGUGAUAAUGUAGUGGACAUAUCAUCAGAUGAUUCAACUCAAUCACCGAAUGUUGGCCUAGAUGAUACCAUGGAUGAUGAUAAUGCGGCCCAUAGGAGAGUAGAAAUUGAAGAUAUGGCCACUAGAAAACGUGGUCGGGGACCAGCAAAGGGCACGGAGUUUGAACGCCUCCAUAAAUUAGGAAAGAUACCCUUAAAUAUUAAGGAUGGACAAAGAGGUCCCUCGUGCGAAAAUUACGCCAUCUUUUCUGGACGAGUGACAAUGAUUGUGAGACUUCAUGCCAACAUGAGGCAUGCAAGCUGGACCAUGGUAGGCAAAGAGGAGAAAGAUGAUCUCAUCGACCGUGUUCGGGCUGACUUUGUAUUGGAUUGGACACAAAGUUCCCACCGUGAGUGUGUGACAAACACACUUGCUCGAAAGUACAAUGCAUUCCACUGCCAACUGCAUAAGGUAUAUCUGGGGUAUGCAACGCACGAAGAGGCGCUUUCUGGUGGGACAAGCUGGGUGGAGAAGCCCGUAUGGGAAGUGUUAUGUGAAAGGUGGUCAAGCCAAGGCUUCAAGGAGCUGUCAAAGAGAAAUAGAAAAAAUAGGCAAAAACAAUUGGUCAACCACACAGGUGGCAGGAAGUCUUUUGUUAGGAUUAUGGAAGAAAAGUGCAAACAAGCCCCAAAUUUGGUAGCUUUUUAUAAAGAAGUGCAUUGGUCAAAGAAGAAGAGUAGAUUUAUUACCGAAACAGCAGAACACAAUUAUAAUCUGAUGGUUGAGAGGUUGAAUGAGAGAGACCUGAAUGAGAACAUUGAUGAAGCAGCAAAUGCGGUGUUUAAGGAGGUUUUAGGACAGCGAUCAGGUUAUGCAAGAGGUCUAGGCUACUCUGUCACACCUGAAUCAUCUCUUUCAUUGCGCAACAAUAAGGAUUAUCAACGCAUUAGUGAGGAGAACGAGAAGAACAAGAAUAGAGCAGAUCUAUACAAGAGCAAGCUUGAGGCACUGAAGACUGGUUUACUAGAAUUCAGGAAAUGGUUUCAAGACUAUGAGAAACGGAUGAACAGUCGCUUGACGAAAUUGGAUUCUUUGAGGGAGUCUCAUAAAGAGACUCCGGUCGAUGUCUAGACAUUGUUUUGUAUGACAUGAUGCACUUUUUGAGUUUUUGAGCUUUUGAAGAAGGUUGAUCAGCCAUUUGAUGGGAUGAUGUCAUUGUUGGUCGCUUUUGUUGAGCAAAUUAGGAUGUGUCAAGAAAGGAAGUGACAAGAAGGACAUACGACCUAUCACUCACUUGACAGGAUAAAAAUUUUAUUGAUACGAAUGAAGUAGGUGAAGCUCAUGUAUACAAGAAGUAUACAAAAGAACACCUAAAUACAAUUCUUCUCAUCUAUUUCAGAUAUCUUUUUGCAGCAAGUAUCUAGGCAGAAUGGGGAUUGAAAGAGACUGCUGCUAAAGACAUAGAACUGCCCGUGGGACUAAAUGAAUUCUAUCUAAGAGUUCAAACCAAGAUUACUACUGCUGGCAUGAAGUAAAUGAAUCUAGAUGUAUGAACCUGAUGAAGUUACUUCAAUUUGAACAUGCAAUUCUUGCUUUUUAUUUACAAUGGCUGAUAGUCAAACCUUGUUUCAUUGUUAAAUAAUAUUUUCAUGUGCAUCAUGUUUAAUGACAACUGAUAUAUAAAUGUGUAUGGACGAGCUUUAGCCAAUGUUAGAAUUGAUGUAGCAAAUGAAAGGGAUAUCAGUAUUUUAUCUUCA